CCUAAAAUUUAGCCUGCCUACACCUUAGAAACCCUAAUACACCCAUCGCCGUAUAUAUCACUCUCAUAAACCUCACCCUCAUCUCUCGCCUCUAUCACACUUCGCCGUCCCUCUCCAGAGAGCCAAGCACUUCACACACAAUAACCACAAAUGGGUCGUGUAAUCCGUGCUCAACGUAAGGGAGCAGGAUCUGUCUUUAAAUCCCAUACCCACCAUCGCAAGGGUCCGGCAAGGUUCAGAUCUCUUGAUUUCGGUGAAAGGAAUGGUUACUUGAAAGGUGUUGUCACCGAAAUCAUUCACGACCCAGGUCGUGGAGCGCCAUUAGCCCGGGUUACUUUCAGACACCCCUUUAGGUACAAGAAGCAGAAGGAGCUUUUUGUUGCUGCUGAGGGCAUGUAUACCGGGCAGUUUGUGUACUGUGGCAAGAAGGCGAAUUUGAUGGUUGGAAAUGUUUUGCCUUUGAGAUCUGUUCCUGAAGGAGCUGUUGUUUGUAACGUCGAACAUCAUGUUGGAGAUCGUGGUGUUUUUGCUAGAGCUUCGGGGGAUUAUGCUAUUGUUAUCAGUCACAACCCUGAUAAUGACACCACUAGGAUCAAGCUCCCUUCUGGUUCCAAGAAGAUCGUUCCAAGUGGCUGCCGUGGAAUGAUUGGACAGGUUGCAGGUGGAGGAAGGACUGAGAAGCCCAUGCUGAAGGCUGGUAAUGCUUACCACAAGUUCAGAGUGAAGAGGAACUGCUGGCCUAAGGUGCGUGGUGUGGCUAUGAAUCCAGUUGAGCAUCCUCAUGGUGGUGGUAACCAUCAACAUAUUGGUCAUGCUAGCACAGUCAGGCGUGAUGCUCCUCCUGGCCAAAAGGUUGGUCUCAUUGCUGCUAGGAGAACUGGUCGUCUUAGAGGACAAGCAGCUGCCACCGCUUCCAAGGCUGACAAGGCUUAAGGAGUUUCACUGGCUUCAUUGUUUUUUGUUUAUUGUCAGCCUAUUAGAUUAUUUCAGUACUUGAGAUGUUUCCAAUGAAAGUUUUGUUUGGAUUCUUAAGUUUCCGACGGUUUCUAUGCAUGACUAUGUUUUAAGAUAUAGAUAUUUUUGCUGACGGUGGAUGUUCAAUUA